GCAAGUCCUGCGGUAUAUUUGACUGUUGGGGUCACACUGCCGCACGGUUUGUUGUUCUGCUGAAAAAUUAGAUUUUCUUUAAAUCAGAAGGAAAACAACAAUAAUGGGCACCAAAAGACCCAACAACAGUGUGGUUUUGGCCCAAGAGGCAAAGCGCAGCAAAAGUGACCUGGUGGCCUACACAAAUAGGGACAAAGCCCUCCUUGAAUCGGGCGUGAGGCGUACCUCCAAUCUUCAGGCACCCAUUAUGCAGCUGGAAGGGCACGAAGGCGAGAUAUUCACAGCGGAGUUCCAUCCAGAGGGAGAGUUACUGCUAUCCUCCGGUUUUGAUAGGCAAAUAUACAUCUGGCAGGUGUACGACGACUGCGAGAAUGUGAUGGCGAUGUCGGGACACAGUGGCGCCGUGAUGGAGGCACACUUCACGCCGGAUGGCUCUCACAUCUUCACCUGCUCCACGGACAAAACCCUUGCCAUUUGGGACAUAGUCACGGGGCAGCGACAGCGGCGCUUCAAGGGGCACGGCAACUUCGUGAACAGCGUGCAGGGCUCACGAAGGGGUCAGCAGCUCCUUUGCUCGGGAAGCGACGAUCGCACCAUCAAGAUCUGGGAUGCCAGGAAGAAGCACGCCGCCCACACACUAGAGUCUCCCUUUCAGGUCACCGCAGUUUGCUUCGGCGACACUGGCGAACAGGUGAUCAGUGGCGGGAUCGACAACGAGCUCAAGAUCUGGGACAUACGCAAGCAGGCGGUUCUGCAUCACCUGCGUGGGCACUCCGAUACGAUCACGGGAAUGUCCUUGUCUCCUGAGGGAGACUUUGUGCUGACGAAUGCCAUGGACAACACAUUAAGGGUGUGGGACGUGAGACCCUACGCCCCGGGCGAAAGAUGUGUAAAGGUCUUCCAGGGCCAUCAGCAUAACUUUGAAAAGAAUCUGCUGCGCUGCGCUUGGUCGCCGGGUAGCGACAAAAUAUCCUCGGGUUCCGCCGAUCGACAUGUCUACAUCUGGGAUGUGAAUACCAGGAGAAUCCUGUACAAACUGCCGGGACACAAUGGCAGUGUGAAUGCUGUGGACUUUAGCCCGAAAGAGCCGCUAAUUCUGUCUGGAUCCAGCGAUAAGACCCUGUAUCUGGGCGAGAUCGAAGAAUGACCGCAUGCUACUCUGGCGGUUACUCCUUUGCAGCCCGAGUUACUUUUCCAGCGAUUAAAAGGUCACAAGAUCAAUCUUUAUCAGUAAAGCUGGUUGUAUGUCAAUAAAUUUAAAAGUUCUUUAAAUAUAAGUAAAUAAGAAAGGUA